AAUUACUGGUUAUCCAUUAAUUGAUACCUGUACGUAUAACUACUCAAUAAAAUAUUAAAAAAUAUCCUAUAAUUCUUACUUUUUCAUUAAUUUAAUUUUGAUUAUUUGAAUUUACAUAAAUUAAUUUAUGGACAUCAAGAAAAUGACUUAAAACUAGUUUUCAUUCAAGGAUUCGAAAGUGAAGGUCACGUUUAUAUAAAAAUGAAAGUUCUUAACGAAAUUACAAUUUUUUUAAUUCAUAAUUACCAACAUAGAGUUUAAAAAGAAAAAUAAAAGAAAGGGAAAAAGAAAAAAGAAAAAAAGAAAAAUAAAAGAAUAAAAGAUUGCAGGUUUUACGUAACAGUAUCUUUUUCUUUUUUUCUUUUUUUUUUUGGUUCGUAACAGUAUCUGGAGGAAGCAUUUUAUACACAAUCCGUAAAUAGUAAUUAUCGAACUGAGACUCGGUGAUCACUCACGGUCACAGUUGCACUCGUAACACACAUCCUUUUAGUUUUUGCUUAGUUUUUUUCUCAUGCUUUUUCGUCGAAACUGAAAAAACCCCCUCUGAGCUUCCUUGUCCAAAAUCUUUCAAACCCAACGUAUUUUUACCUCGAACAAUCCAAAUCCAUCUCUCAGUUUCAUCCCAAAAGCCGCCACUUCGAUCACACUCUCAGAUCCACACCUUCUCUCCACCACCACGUCAAGUAAAAGCCAAACAAAAUCCUUUGGUUUCUAUUUGUUCUUUUUUUUUUUUUUUUUUUUUUUUUUCAUGUAUCCAUGUUGUUUUGCUUCGUGAUUCUCUAUUGGGUUUGUAAUUGAAUGCCGUUUGGAGAGAGAAAUUUAUAUAGAGAGAGAUUGAAUAGGAGAGAGAUGACGGGUCAGGUGGUGAAAGUGAAGAGGGAGACGCUCGAAGCAUGCAUGACGUGCCCCCUUUGUCAUAAGCUCUUUAAGGAAGCUACGACUGUUAUCUUGAGAGGAAUUGGGAAGCUCGGACCUUUAUGAUCAAAGCUGUGAUACUAGGUGCAAGCUAUGUUGCUCGGACUCGGGUGCUCGGACUCGGAUGUGGAUGUCGGAUACGGGUGAGCGGUAGUUUUGCAGAGGAGUUUCACUUGGAAAGCUUGCAGCAUCAAAUAGAAAGUGAUCUUAUGCCAAGUGCCCGAUGUGACCAAAGUGAUUCUUAUGGACUAGAAAGAGAGCAUUUAAAUUCUCAAUAUGGUAACCAAACUCUCAAAGACAUGAAUUGUAUGGUUGCUUUUCAUAAGGGUUUGACAACAUGGGCUAAGUGGGUGGAUUCUACUAUGAAUCAUGUGGCAAGGGAUUGGAAUGAGCUAGGGGUGACAAACUGUGGAAAUGAGACAAAACUCCUAAGUGGAUCAGUUAUUGAGGUGGAUUGCCCAAGGCAUUAUAUGUGGUGAAAGAUGUAUUAACUGGAAUGAGAAAACAUGUUCAUCUGCUGGACAUAACAACUUUAUCACAACUCAGAAAAGAUGCACAUCCUAACUUUUAUAAUGGCUUUAGGCACAUGGACUGUAACCAUUGGUGUAUUGCUGGACUUCCAGAUACUUGGAAUCAACUUUUUAUGCAUUCCUCAUAUUUGUCAUGCUUGUUCUGGUAUUUUUAGUGUAUAAAAAUGAUCAUAGGGUUGCUUAGGUCCUUCCUUCCAUAGAUCACCAUUUUUAAGGGAAUCAAGUUUCAAAGCACGACCAAUCUUUUCAUUUUCAAUGUCAACAAGAUAUUGAGAGUUAAACAUUA